AUGAAGCAACUAAUGCGGGGUCAUUUUCUUCCAACUGAUUAUGAACAAAUGUUGUAUCUCCAAUACCAGCAUUGUACACAAGGGGCGCGAUCCGUCGGUGACUAUACCGAAGAAUUUUACAGGUUGAGUGCGAGGAACAACCUGAGGGAAUCAGAUAACCAAUUAGUUGCUCAAUACACGGGUGGAUUGAAGGAAUCCUUGCAGGACAAAUUGCAAUUGAAUUCGUUAUGGACCCUUUCGCAGGCCGUGAAUUUCGCGCUUAAGGCGGAGUUGCAAUUGUCCAAGCAAUCAAAGAAUUACUCUUCUCGGCGCCAAUUCGCUGAAAAUUCGAGUGAGCCUCGAAAUUAUACGCCGUCCAAACCUGGAUCAUCUGGAUCGUUAACAAGCGCCACUGCAGCUCCUAUCCCAGAUAACAGGGCAUAUUCAAAACCACGACAACUUCCCAGGGACAACCCCUAUGCUAAGCCCACAAAUCUAAAAUGUUUUCGUUGUUUUCAGCCUGGCCAUAAAUCAAACGAGUGUCCGACGAGACCUCAAAUUCAAAUAGUGGAAGGAGACAAUAAUGAGGCAGUUGAACGAAGUCCUGAAAUCACUGAAGAUGUUUUUGAAGAGCUCAUGCCUGACGAUGGAGAGGCCGUUGUCUGCAUAUUGGAACGACUGUUGUUAGCCCCUCGACAACCUGUAACGUCACAACGAAAUGCCAUUUUUUGCACUCGUUGUACCAUCGGAGGAAGGGUAUGUGAGCUAUUGAUCGAUAACUGCUGCACUGAGAACGUGGUAUCUCGGUCCCUAGUGCAGGCAUUGCAACUGAAAACUACAAAGAACCCACAGCCGUAUAAAAUUAGCUGGGUUAAAAAGGGGGUUGAAAUCUCUAUAGUUGACAUGUGUAGGGUCAAUUUUUCUAUCGGCAAAAGCUACACCUGCGAAGUUCUAUGUGAUGUCAUCGACAUGGAUGUGUGCCACAUGAUUUUGGGCUAUCCGUGGCAGUACGACAACGGGGUUGUGUAUGAUUGUCGCCAAAACACGUACUCAUUUGAAUGGAAGGGUCGGAAAUUGAGAUUGUUACCACAUACCCCGGUGCCCAAUACCAAUCCCGUUAAGGACAAAGCUGUCCUUAACAUUGUAUCAGGUGCUACACUCCUUGCUGAUGCUCACUCAUAUAUGUAUGCUCUGGUGUCCGUCGACCAAUUCCCCAGCCAAGCGCAAUGCAAUCAGCCACCGCAGAUUGCUAAGCUACUUCAGGAGUUUCACGAUAUCAUGCCAUCCGAGCUACCACCAGAUCUUCCACCUAUGCGCAUGAUACAACAUCAAAUUGAUUUGGUACCCAGAGCCAACUUACCAAAUCUUCCACAUUAUCGGAUGAGUCCGAAGGAACACGAUUUGUUGCAAGAGAUGGUUGAUGAUUUGCUUAGACAAAAAUUAAUCCAACCCAGUCUCAGUCCUUGUGCAGUGCCGGCCUUAUUAGUUCCAAAAAAAGACAACAAAUGGUGCAUGUGCAUUGAUAGCCGGGCUAUCAACAAAAUCACUACAAAAUUCAGAUUCCCUGUUCCUCGUAUUGAAGAUAUGUUGGACAAGCUCACAGGUUCGCGGGUCUUCUCCAAGCUCGACCUCCGCAGCGGGUAUCAUCAAAUCCGCAUCCGGUUUGGGGAUGAAUGGAAGACGCCAUUCAAGACCAAGCAAGGAUUAUUCGAGUGGCGUGUGAUGCCCUUCGGAUUAUGUAACGCUCUCGCCACUUUUAUGCGCCUAAUGAACGAGGUACUCAAGGAACACCUCAACCGUUUUUGCGUUGUUUAUUUCAAUGACAUCUUGAUAUACAGCCCUUCAUUUGAGGAUCAUAUCAGACACCUCACUAAGGUGUUACAGACAUUACGAGAACACCAACUUUACUUGAAUUUGUCUAAGUGCGAAUUUGCUACAGCUCAAGUUUAUUUCUUGGGUUUCAUUGUUUCGGCUGAAGGAGUGGCUACUGGUCCGCGCAAAAUCUCAGCUAUACGUGAUUGGCCAAUCCCCCGCACUAUGUUUGACGUUCGAAGCUUUCAUGGACUCGCUAAUUUCUAUCGACGUUUCAUUAAAGGAUUUAGCAUCAUCAUGGCACCCAUCACAGACUGUUUAAAAUGUAAACAGCUGAAUUGA